AUGGACUACCAGAACCGCGCCGGCUCCAAGUUUGGCGGCGGCGGCGUCGCCUCGCACUCAGCCACCAACGCCGACCGCCGCGAGCGCCUGCGCAAGCUCGCCCUCGAGACCAUCGACCUCGACAAGGACCCCUACUUCUUCAAGAACCACGUCGGCACCUUUGAGUGCCGCCUGUGCCUCACCGUCCACCAGAACGACGGCUCCUACCUCGCCCACACCCAGGGCAAGAAGCACCAGACCAACCUCGCCCGCCGCGCCGCCCGCGAGCAGCGUGAAGGCAAAGCUGCAGCCGGAAACGGCGUCGACCCGGUCACCGGCCUGCCGACCGCCGUCGCGGCGGGUCUGGUGCACAGCUCCCGCCGGAACCUGGUCAAGGUCGGCCGCCCGGGGUACAAGGUGACGAAAGUGCGCGACCCGACGUCGCGCCAGCAGGGCCUGCUGUUCCAGCUGCAGUACCCAGAGGUGGCGGCCGCUCCUGGUGACACGGCGGCGAAUAGCAGCCCCAAGUGGCAGGUCAUGAACGCGUACACGCAGCGCGUCGAGGAGCCGGACCGCAACUUCCAGUACCUCUUGGUCGCCGCGGAGCCGUACGAGACGGUCGGCUUCAAGAUCCCGGCCCGCGAGCUGGACCGCCGCGAGGGCAAGCAGUUUUCCUUCUGGGACCCGGACGCCAGGGAGUUUUGGGUCCAGGUGAUGUUCAUGACGGAGCGCGAGGCGCGCUUCAACGCCGCGCCGGGCUUGACGGCGAGAUGA